AUGAGCUCUCGUUGGGGAGGUACUCCUAAAUGUCCGCGUUGCGAGACUUCAGUCUACAUGGCCGAGCAGGUUAUUGGCCCAAACGGUCCUUGGCAUAGAGCUUGCCUCGCAUGCAUUGACUGUAAAAAACGGCUAGACUCUUACACUCUAGCUGAGCAUGAAGGAGAGGCAUAUUGUAGAACUUGUCAUGGGCGUCGUUUUGGCCCUAAAGGAUAUGGUUUUGCUUCUGGCACGUCGUUUUUGAAUACGGAAAGACCAGUUGAUAAUAAGAAAGAUGAGAAUGAGAUGCUAAAGUCACACACAUCUGAAAAACUUAGUCAAUCACCACCCACCAUGUCUCCUACACAUUCGAUUACACCCUCUUACGGAUUCUUUAGUAGUCAAUCACAAGCAAAAAGAAGUUCGAGCCGACGGUGGAGUCAUCCAGCAAACAAUGAUAUAUGUCCACGUUGUUCUAAGGCAGUGUACGCGGCUGAAGCGGUGUUGGGUGCAGGUGUCAAAUAUCAUAAACUAUGUUUACGAUGUACACAGUGCAGCAAACUUUUAGAUUCUACUAAUAUGACAGAUCGUGAUAGCAAAAUAUAUUGUCGUCUUUGUUAUUCUAAAGAGUUUGGUCCAAAGGGUUACGGAUACGGUGGAGGUGCUGCGUUUUUGACAACUGAAGGAACAGCAAGAUGA